UAUAAUUUAAAGAAAUCGAGGAAGGCAGAAAGAGGAGAUAAGUUGAGAAGGAUAGAGGGGAAGGCUCUGUUGUGGAUGAGCCGCGGCGAUGCCACGUUUCCGGGUACGUUCGCGAUACCGGUACCCGUUGGUGAUUGUGCUGCAGGCGAGCGAGGAGAGUUCGUAGAUAGCCGACCAGGGCGAGAAACACUUACGGGCACAGCCGGGCUGAUUGAAGGCCGAACUCGCCCUACGAGUUAAUAAACGCCGGCGGAGGAAGAAAGGAAGCGCGCGCGCGCGCCAACUCGGCCACUGAGAGACUCUGGAGGCGCGAUCCGGUGAUCGCGAUUCCGCGGGCCGAGGAGCCACCAAGAGGAAGACGGGGGUGACCGGCGGAGUGGUUUCGGGCACGUCGAGUAAGCACGAAGCCGCCAAAGUGGCUUCGUCACUGGGGCUCCAGGGGCCUGCUGCGCCGAUCGGGGCCCAGUUACUCCAGGCAUCAGCGGCAGCCGGUGCAGUCCCCCAGGAGGAUCAUGCGAGCGCGACCAUUUAUCACGCGAACUUGCUAGCCGGGACCAGCGGUAACGUGCAAGCGGCCCUCCAGCAGCCGGCCGCUCUUCUCACCUCACUGGACCCGGCGGCCACCCUGGCCAGCAUGCAGGCCUCCGCCGAGGCCAGCUCCCUCGAUCUUCAGACAAUGCAGUCGAUGGAGCGGCUCUUCAAGAACGAGCGCAUCUACCUGCUCGCGCAUUUCUGGCAACAGAGGGCUACAUUGGCGGAAAAGGAGCUUUCGGCGUUAAAAGAGAAGCUCGCUGCACAUAACGAUGGGAAUUCCAAGACUGAGGGGCAACUAUUGUCCCAGAAUGCUCAGAGCGCCGAGCAGACUCAAGACGCCAAUAAUCCGAGGCGGACGCCCAAUAGCAGUCACGAGCAGGAACUGCAGGCCAAGGACAGAGAGAUCGGUCAGUUGAGGGAUGAAGUGUCGAGGCUGCAGAUCAGCCUGCAGCGCCUCCAGGAGACGAGCGCUCAGGCGACCGCUCGCCUCGAGGAGGAAUUAGAGGCGCGCAGACAACACAUCAGUCGACUCGAGAUCAAGCUCGACAAGCAAAAGGACUACGAGGAUCUGAAGCGUGAGAUCAGUGUCCUUCGGUCCGUUGAUCUAUCGCAAAUACCUACCGGCGAGCCCGGCAAAAGUCUCGAGCAGGUGCUUAUGGAGCGCUCGAAAGCCCUGCAGCAAGCCGAGACCUUAAAGCCGCCAACCACACCCGACGCUCUCGGUGGACUAUCGUCACCUCUGCAACGGGCCGCGACCGCUUCGCCCCACGGUGCAGUUAUUGCGCCUCUAUCCUCUUCCCUCGUGUCCUCCCAGCCGUCGCUUCCCAGUCGUUCAACCCCCACUCCCUCCUCAGUCGCCCCUUCGACGACAUCGUCGCUCCUCUUCCCUCCGCCCCUGCAAAACGUCGAGACUUUUGGCUCGUUUCUCGGCGAGGAAAUUGUCGCUAACUGGAGGCGAUCCCUGGAGAGAUCGUUCAUGAGUCAGCAGCAGCAGCAACAGCAACAAACAACAUCAGCAACAACAACAACAACAACAACAGCAGCAGCAGCAACACAACAACAGCAGCUUCAACAGCCGACGUCCCAAACCUCUACUAUCGGUCUACAUUCGGCCAGUUCGACGCCCGGUAGUCUCAACCACCUUCCGUCGCCAACAGAUCCGAUCUCCUCGUCGAGUACACCCGCUAAAUCGAGCACACCUCUGGGUAGCAGCGCCGCAGCCCUCGAUUCCGCGGAGAAAGCAACUACGCCCGUCUCUGGCCACGAGACCCCGGCACCACCCACGCCUUCCUCCACGACGACCCUCACUUCACCGCCAAUCCUUCAGCCGCCGUCCUCCAUUGUUGAUUCGAUCUCGAUGAAUGGACCUAUUACGACCUCCUCGACGGCGCCGCCACCCAAGAGCCCGGCCGAAGAAUCCGGCUGCCAUAACAACAACAACAACAGCCAUCAUCUGGCGAAUAACAACAUCGGCAGUCUCAGCGUCCUGGAUAGUCUCAAGAGUCCUUUUCGCUUCGACGAACGCUCGCAUCCAUUCAGAUUUGGCGACGAAUUCGGGGCGGCCGGUAUGGCCGGAAGACUCGGAGAAUCGCUCAUCCCCAAGGGUGAUCCGAUGGAGGCUAGGCUCCAAGAGAUGCUGCGCUACAAUAUGGACAAGUAUGCCUCGCAGAACCUCGAUACGUUGCAUAUUGCAAGGCGGGUACGUGAACUUCUCUCGAUACAUAAUAUCGGUCAGCGACUCUUCGCCAAGUACGUGCUGGGCUUGAGUCAGGGCACAGUGAGCGAAUUGCUGAGUAAACCGAAGCCCUGGGACAAGUUGACGGAGAAAGGUCGCGACAGCUAUAGAAAAAUGCAUGGGUGGGCCUGUGACGACAACGCCGUACUGCUGCUUAAAUCCCUCAUACCCAAGAAAGAGUAUGUUUCAGGCAAGGAGCAGGGAAUGCCGGCUUUUGCGCGCGGCCCCCAGGAGGGCGCCUGCCCCGGCGGUAAUGGCAACAGCAACAGCGGCAUCGGGGUAGGCGGCGCGGUCUCGGGCCCGACUCAGGAUUUGAGCGAGGAGCGCAUCGCGCACAUGCUCUCGGAGUCCGGGCACAUGCAGCUGAGCAGGCAGAGCGAAGCUGACACGUCGAACGACGCGGACAGCAAGAGCCCGAGCCGGCUGAACUGCCCGAGUCCCUUCGGCAAGGACCGCAGCAUGGACAGUCAGAGCAGGAGACUGAAGAAGUACGAGAACGAUGACAUUCCGCAAGAGAAGGUGGCGAGGAUCUAUCAGGAGGAACUUGCUAAGAUAAUGGGCCGGAGGGUCGAGGAUAUGCGCGGCCCGCGGGACUUCCCCACGAGCGCGAUGUUUCCGCAUUUUUUCAGCGGCCAGAAUCUCCAGGGUAUGGAGCGCACGCAGGAGGAGAUCCGCAUGGCCCUCGACGCCUACCAUCGCGAGCUUCAGAAGCUGAAUGUGGCCCAGGGUCUGCCCUACCCGCCUCAGAUAUCGGGCCUCCUGGCGCUUCAGCAGCAUGCGAUCCAGCAGCACCAGUUGGCGACGAACGGUGGGGCUGGGCCCGGGGCAGGUUCGGCCGCGGCAGCCGCCGCAGCCGCCGCAGCCGCAGCCGCCGCCGCGGCAGCUCAAGACCUGAGCCUCGGCAACAUCCUCCGCAGUAAGAUGAUCAAUGGCGUGUCCGAGGAGGAAAAGGAGAAGAUGGAGGAGGCGAUGAGGCACGCGGGCAGCGCCUUCUCCUUGGUAAAGCCGAAGCAGGAGCCGAGCGGCGCCCAGUCGACCCCCGGGGGUUCGAGCGCCAGCUCACCUCUUGGCAACUCGAUCCUGCCCCCAGCGAUGACGCCGAGCGAGGAGUUCGCCGGCACGGCCGCAGCCAGUCCACUGCAGAGGAUGGCAUCGAUCACCAACAGCCUCAUCAGUCAACCGUCCACGCCGACCCACCACUCGGCCAACCAGAGACCGCUCAAGGCCGUACUCCCACCGAUUACCCAGCAGCAGUUCGACAUUUACAAUAACCUCAACACCGAGGAUAUUGUCAAGAGGGUAAAGGAGCAGCUUUCUCAGUACUCGAUCUCCCAGCGCCUGUUUGGCGAAUCCGUCCUGGGGCUGUCACAGGGAUCCGUAUCGGAUCUCCUCGCACGACCUAAGCCCUGGCACAUGCUUACCCAAAAGGGCCGCGAACCCUUUAUUCGCAUGAAGAUGUUCCUCGAGGACGAUAAUGCCGUACACAAGCUCGUGGCUAGCCAAUACAAGAUCGCACCGGAGAAGCUCAUGAGGACCGGCGGCUACGGCGGCCUGCCUCGUAAGUUUAACUCAGCGUGUGGAACGCCGAUGAAACCUAUGCCCCCGACCAAGUUGGUUCAGGAACAACUGCAAAAUGCAGCGAAAGCUCAGGCUGCACAGGCCGCAGCCCAGGCCGCGGCCGCUGCUCAGCAUCAGCAGGAGAGCCAAAUGCAGCUUGGACCACCUCAGCAGAGUCCUCAGCAUGCGGUCCAUCCGCAACAGUCGCCGAUGAUGUUGACGCCACCGGGUGCCAUCCUUCCUCACGCGCAGCUCAGCAUACAGGAGCUACAAAAAAAACAGCAGCAACAACAGCAGCAGCAUCAAACGCCCCAGAUAAACCUGCACUCGCCUCAUCAUCAGAUGGCGCCCUCGCCUCUGCGUGCCCUGCACCCACACAUCUCGCCGAGCGUAUACGAAAUGGCCGCGCUUACCCAAGAUCUCGACACGCAAACCAUCACGACGAAAAUCAAGGAGGCGCUCCUCGCUAACAACAUCGGCCAGAAGAUCUUCGGCGAGGCGGUUCUUGGACUAUCCCAGGGCUCGGUGAGCGAGCUGCUCAGCAAGCCCAAGCCCUGGCAUAUGCUCAGCAUCAAGGGCCGCGAGCCCUUCAUUCGUAUGCAGCUGUGGCUGUCGGACGCCCACAACGUCGACAGACUGCAGGCGCUGAAGAACGAGCGGCGCGAGGCUAACAAGAAGAGGCGCAGCAGCGGCCCCGGCCACGACAACAGCUCCGACACCUCGAGCAACGACACCGCCGAGUUCUACCACGCGGCCUCGCCCGGCCCCGGACCGACCUCCGCCAAAAAGCAGCGCGUCCUCUUUACCGAAGAGCAGAAGGAGGCGCUGCGGCUUGCGUUCGCCCUCGACCCUUACCCCAACGUCGCGACGAUCGAGUUCCUCGCGAGCGAGCUCGGCCUCUCCUCCCGGACGAUAACAAACUGGUUCCACAACCACCGCAUGAGACUGAAGCAACAACCGCCCCACGGCCAACCGGAGCCCCAGUCGCCGCGGGAGCCCGGCCAGCCUUUCGAUCCCGUACAGUUUCGACUGCUCCUCAACCAAAGACUGCUGGACAUCCAGAAAGAGAGACUGGGCCUGGGCAGCGUCCCUCUCACCUAUCCGCCCUACUUCAAUCCGAACCUCGCAGCCCUCGUCGGCAGCGCCUUCAAGGAGCAGUGUUCCGGCCUCGACCUCUCAAUGGGCUCGCUCAAACGCGAGCCCAAUCAGGAGUUUGAGGACGAGGACGCCGAGGACGCGAUGAGCAAUCUCGGUAGCGAGGACUCGGAGGGCUCCACGAGCAGCAUGAAGCGCGAGCCGACGGAGAUGCCCGUGCCGGCCAAUACCUCAAGGUCGAAUAGGCGGAAGCCCGCCGCGCCCCAGUGGGUGAACCCGGAGUGGCAAGAGCCCGCGAGAACGGGAGACGAAGUCAUUAUCAACGGUGUGUGCGUGAUGCAGACCGACGACUACGGGGUGAAGCGAGAGGCCGAGGAGACGGUGAGGGUCGAGCCGACUCCGGUACAGGACCGCUACGAAGAGGACGCCCAGAGCGACGUGUCUUCGGUCUCGGCGGCCAAUGCCCCCGAUCGGGACAGUCCGUCGCUCAGCCUCAAGUCCGCGCGGGAUAGUCCGGCCACGUCGCCGAGGCCACCCUCGGCCAGCCAGCACGCGCCUCAAGCCCUCGAUGACAGCCCCAAGGAGGUCGUUAAACACGAGCCCGAGGAGACGUGGGACUAUUAAAGAGACGAACAAUCGAGAGAUUGAAUAGGGAAAACAAGGCGUACGAGCCACAGAAUGAGUCCGAGAGAGAGGAGAGAAAGAGAUUGAGAGAGUGAGAGGGGAGAGUGGUGUG